GCCCCGCCCCCUCGGCCCUGCGGUCGUGGAUCUCCCACAGCUAACAUGGCGGCCCCCUGUAUAUCCUACCGCGGAGCGGUUUCCUGCCGGCUGCUUCUCUUGGGUAGGGGUAGCCUCCUCCGGAAGCAAGUCCUCUGGAAAACCGCGGCAGCUGAGUUGCAAACAAAUGUCAGAUUCCAGGUAUUAGGGCUAAGUCAUACUGCAGUUGUAACAAGAAAGAAAAAUGUUCCCGCCUUAAAACGUGAAACUUACACAGUAGAUUUUAUUAAAAAGCAGAUUGAAGAGUUCAACAUAGGAAAGAGACAUUUAGCCAACAUGAUGGGAGAAGAUCCAGAAACUUUCACUCAAGAGGAUAUUGAUAAAGCUAUUGCUUACCUUUUCCCAAGUGGUUUGUUUGAGAAAGAAGCCAGGCCAGUAAUGAAGCAUCCUGAACUGAUUUUUCCAAAACAAAGAGCAAUCCAGUGGGGAGAAGAUGGCCGUCCAUUUCACUAUCUCUUCUAUACUGGCAAACAGUCAUACUAUUCAUUAAUGCAUGAUAUAUAUGGAAUGUUACUUAAUUUAGAAAAACGUCAAAACCAGUUGCAAGCCAAAGGUCUGCUUCCACAAGAAACUAAAACCAGAGACCUGAUUGGCAGCAGAUGGCUGAUUAAGGAGGAACUAGAAGAAAUGUUAGUGGAAAAACUGUCAGAUCAAGAUUAUAUGCAGUUCAUUCAACUGCUAGAAAAGUUAUUGACAUUGCACUAUGGUGCUGCUGAGGAAGAAUUUGUGCAGAGGUUUCGAAGAAGUGUAAUCAUUCAGUCAAAAAAACAGCUGAUUGAACCUGUGCAGUAUGACGAGCAAGGAAUGGCCUUUAGCAAAAGCGAAGGUAGAAGAAAGACUGCAAAAGCAGAAGCAAUUGUUUACGAACAUGGAAGUGGAAAAAUAAAAGUAAAUGGAAUUGAUUACCUGCAUUACUUCCCAGUCAUGCAGGACAGAGAACAGCUGAUGUUCCCUUUCCACUUUGUUGACCGGCUUGGGAAACACGAUGUGACCUGCACAGUCUCAGGGGGCGGGAGGUCGGCGCAGGCUGGAGCAGUACGAUUGGCAAUGGCAAAAGCCUUGUGCAGCUUUCUCACUGAGGACGAGGUCGAGUGGAUGAGACAAGCUGGACUGCUUACUACUGACCCACGUGUGAGAGAACGGAAGAAGCCCGGCCAAGAGGGAGCCCGCAGAAAGUUUACCUGGAAGAAGCGCUAAGGGUUUGUUCCCAGGAAAGAAGAGCUGUAUAGACGUGCCGACACAUAGCAAACACGCAGUGAAUAAUGGCUGACCAGCACGAGGGCAGUACUGUCAGAAAUGUCUUUGAGUUGUGAGAUGGAUUUAUUUUUAAAUGCUACUUUGUAAAGGUGACCUUUACAAAAUAAAAGGAAAAAAAACAAAUCUUAGUCUCA